UCGCCGCCUCGAGGAGGAGCAGGAGUGGGGGGCUCGCCGUAGGCCCCCCGCCCGCCCCCCCGGCCCGGCGCCCCGGUGCGCAGAGAGCCGGAGGGGCUGCGGGACUCCGAGAUGGCCGAUGAGAUUGACUGGCUGGACUUGCCCGGCCGGUGGACCUACGGAGUUGACCGCGGUGGGAGAGUCUUCUUCAUCAAUGAUGAGGAGAAGUCAACCAGCUGGGUGCACCCUGGAACGGCAUCACCCAUCCAGAGUGGACACUCCUCCUGUCCAGGUUUGCCCAAGGGUUGGGAGAUGGAUUCUACCCAGGAAGGAGCUGUGUAUUUCAUCAAAGCUUGCUGCUUAAGAAAAGUAGCCAAAGGCCAGUGGAGCCAUAAUGAAAGACGGAACACAUUUCUACACCCACUGACCGGCCAGGCUCCAGAGGAAAACAAAAAGUUUGACUUGAAAAUAUCAGCUUUGGACAUGUCCAAUAAAGCAGGUGGGAGACGCUCAACUACCACCAGCAGUGACCUAACCAACCACAGCAUGGUGUCUGAGGUCCCUCCAGAGCGGCCCAGUGUCCGGGCCGCGCGGCCAUCCCGGAAGGCCAUCGCUUUCGGCAAGCGCUCCCACUCCAUGAAGCGGAACCCCAGUGCUCCGGUCACCAAGGCAGGCUGGCUCUUCAAGCAGGCCAGCUCUGGAGUUAAGCAAUGGAACAAGCGCUGGUUCGUCCUGGUGGAUCGCUGCCUCUUCUACUACAAAGACGAGAAGGAGGAGAGCGUCCUGGGCAGCGUGCCCCUCCUGAGCUUCCGGGUGGCCGCGGUGCAGCCCUCGGACAACAUCAGCCGGAAGCACACCUUUAAGGUGACUGUGUGCUGGGUGGAUGAGGCUGGGGCCAGUUCCACGCACUGCCUCUCCCCACAGGCUGAGCACGCUGGGGUCCGCACCUACUUCUUCAGCGCCGAGAGCCCCGAGGAGCAGGAGGCCUGGAUCCAGGCCAUGGGGGAGGCCGCCCGGGUACAGAUCCCCCCCGCCCAGAAGUCCGCGCCGCCCCAGGCUUCGCGUCACAACCAUGAGAAGCCAGACUCUGAGAACAUCCCACCCGGCAAACACCAUCAUCAGCUCCCCCACAACAGCGUUCCCAAGCCUGAACCGGAGGCCAAGACUCGCGGCGAGGGUGACGGCCGAGGCUGUGAGAAGGUGGAGCGGAGGCCUGAGAGGCCAGACAGGCCAGACGCCAAAAGCGAGCCGCUGGCGAAAGCCAACGGUGUCCUCGCUGGACCGGAACCCGCCUCAGAGCCAGGCAGCCCUUUCCCAGAAGGCCCGAGGGUCCCGGGAGGUGGGGAGCGGCCCGCCCAGCCCAAUGGCUGGCAGUAUAGCUCCCCCAGCCGGCCGGGGAGUACGGCCUUCCCACCCCAGGACUCCGAGAGCGGGGGUCACCGGCGGAGCUUCCCGCCAUGCGCCAACCCCGACAAAAUCGCCCAGCGCAAGAGCUCCAUGAACCAGCUUCAGCAGUGGGUGAACCUGCGCCGAGGAAUACCCCCUCCUGAAGACCUUCGGAGUCCUUCUAGGUUCUACCCUGUGUCCCGUAGGGUCCCUGAGUAUUACAGCCCCUACUCCUCCCAGUACCCUGACGAUUACCAGUACUACCCGCCAGGGGUGCGGCCAGACAGCAUCUGCUCGAUGCCGGCCUACGAUCGGAUCAGCCCGCCCUGGGCCCUGGAGGACAAGCGGCACUCCUUCCGGAAUGGAGGCGGCCCUGCCUUCCAGCUGCGCGAGUGGAAGGAGCCUGCUGGCUACGGGCGGCCGGAUGGCACCGUCUGGAUCCCCAGCCCCUCCCGGCAGCCCGUCUACUACGAUGAGCUGGAGGCCGCCUCUGGCUCCCUGCGCCGCCUGUCCCUGCAGCCCCGCUCCCACUCCGUGCCCCGCUCGCCCGGCCAGGGCUCCUAUGGCCGCGGCCGCGUGUACUCCCCCGCCCGCUCGCCCAGGGCCCAUUUUGAGCGGCUGCCGCCUCGCAGUGAGGACAUCUACACUGACCCUGCCGCCUACGUGAUGAGACGAUCCAUCAGCUCCCCCAAGUAUGAUUACCUGGGAGACAGGCGGCCAGUCCCUGCAGGACUGUUCCCCUACAACUACCCACCAUCCCCCACGGUCCGCGAUAAGAUGAUGAGUGAGAGCGAGGCUCUGAUCAGUGUGGUGAACCGCAUGGUGGAGAGCUCCUCCCCCAGCGCCCAGCUCUUCAUGCAAGUCCCUCCGUACCCAGAAGUGUUCCAGGACAGCCUCCAUGCCUACAAGCUGAACGAGCAAGGCACAGACAAGCUGCUGGGCAAGUUGUGUGAGCAGAACAAGGCGGUGCGGGAGCAGGAGCGGCUGGUGCAGCAGCUGCGGGCUGAGAAGGAGAGCCUGGAAAGUGCCUUGAUGGGGACCCACCAGGAACUGGAGAUGUUUGGAAGCCAGCCCGCCUACCCAGAGAAGCUGCUGCACAAGAAGGAGUCACUGCAGAACCAGCUCAUCAACAUCCGGGUGGAGCUAUCUCAGGCAACCACGGCCCUGGCGAACAGCAGCCUGGAGUAUGAGAACCUGGAGGCAGAGGUCUCUGCCCUGCACGACGAGCUCUGGGAGCAGCUCAGCUUGGACCUCCAGAAUGAGGUGCUCAACCGGCAAAUCCAGAAGGAGAUCUGGAGGAUCCAGGAUGUAAUGGAGGGGCUGAGGAAGAAUAACCCAUCCCGGGGCACAGACACAGCCAAGCACAGAGGAGGACUUGGCCCCUCCGGCACCUACAGCUCCAACAGCCCCGCCAGCCCUCUGAGCUCCGCCAGCCUCACCAGCCCGCUGAGCCCCUUCUCUCUGGUGUCUGGCUCUCAGGGGUCCCCCACCAAACCUGGCUUCAGUGAGGAGCCCGGCCCGCCGCGGCCCCCCCUCCCCAAAGCCUACGUACCCCUGGAGUCUCCUCCCACUGUGCCUCCACUCCCUAGCGAGAGCCGCUUCUGGCCACACCCCAACUCCCCUUCCUGGCACCGCGGUGGUGAGACAGCCAGGGGUCAGCCCAAGGCAAACUACGAGCAAAGCAAGAGAGACCCCCAGCAGACAUCCCCCCUGGACACCUCUAGAGACAUUAGCCUUGUGUCCACCAGGCAAGAGGUUGAGGCAGAGAAGCAGGCGGCUCUCAACAAAGUGGGCAUCGUACCCCCGCGGACCAAGUCACCCACCGAUGAAGAAGUGACCCCAUCGAGGGUGGUGAGGAGGAGUGCCAACGGGCUCACCAAUGGCCUCUCCUCCCGGCAGGAGCGCCCCAAGAGCGCUGUGUUCCCUGGCGAAGGCAAGGCCAAAAUGAGUGUGGAGGAGCAGAUGGACCGCAUGCGGCGGCGCCAGAGCGGCUCCGCCAGGGACAAGCGGAGGAGCCUGCAGCUCCCAUCCAGCCCCGCCCCCGACCCCGCCGCCCGGCCCGCCUACAAAGUGGUGCGCCGCCACCGCAGCAUCCACGAGGUAGACAUCUCCAACCUGGAGGCGGCGCUGCGAGCCGAGGAGCCCGGCGGGCAGGCCUACGAGACGCCGCGGGAGGAGAUCGCCCGGCUGCGCAAGAUGGAGCUGGAGCCCCAGCAUUAUGACGUGGAUAUCAACAAGGAGCUCUCCACCCCGGACAAAGUCCUCAUCCCUGAGCGGUACAUUGACCUGGAGCCCGACAUGCCCCUGAGCCCAGAGGAGCUGAAGGAGAAGCAGAAGAAGGUGGAGAGGAUCAAGACGCUCAUUGCCAAGUCCAGUAUGCAGAACGUGGUGCCCGUCGGCGAGGGGGACUUUGUGGACGUGCCCCAGGACUCAGAGAGCCAGCUGCAGGAGCAGGAGAAGCGGAUUGAAAUCUCCUGUGCCCUGGCGACCGAGGCCUCCCGCAGAGGCCGCAUGCUGUCUGUGCAGUGUGCCACCCCAAGCCCUCCCACCUCCCCUGCCUCCCCGGCUCCACCAGCCAACCCCCUACCGUCUGAACCCCCGCGGGGCACCGACAGCAGCCAUGUCAUGCGGGUCUGAGCUCUGACUGCAAGCCCUGGCCGAAGCCAAUGCCGUGAAGCUCCAGAGAGCCACGUUCUGAAGCCCGCCUCUGCCCAGCUGCCCACCCUGGCCCCCCGCCCCUGCGUUCCUGCAGGAAUGCUGCGGGGAGCCAGGCCAGGGGCUGGGGUCGCCGCCGACAGCAGCACGGACACAGCGGUGUCCACAUCCCUGGGACUCCGGCCCCGAGAUCCUCGCUACUCAAGACAGUCACCCUAGGCCGGGGUGUCAGGCGGCGGGGUGAGGAGCGCCAUCCUGUCUGCUGCACUAGGCACAGGGAGCCUCGCUUUGGCCCUGGCUGGGGUUGUGACAGCCCUACUGGAACAUUCCUUGGUGGAGAAGAUGCCCUGGUGGGGAACGCACCCUGGGCCUUCUUAGGUUAGCACUCGUCUCUCGAUGCCAAGAGCAAGACCUGCCAUCAUCCCCUUCCAUCAGCCCCGCCCUGCUGUCCAGCGGUGCCCAGGGUCUUGGCACAUCCCUGUUUAUUGGGUGCUCCUUUGGGGUCCAGUGGAGACUGACCACCCUGCCUGAGCCAAAGACAAGCUGACGAGAGAUGGGAGAGGCUCCUUGGCUCCCAGAGGGAAGCGUUGGCCGUGGGUGGGAAGCGGCAGGUAUGUGUAGCGUCUGAGGGCAGGUUGAGAAGGGGUAGCAGAGAGAGGGGGAGAGGUCUCGGGAGGGCAGGAGGAAAGGGAACGGCAGGGCUCAUGCGCGAGGAGGAGGGGGCGGACAGAGAUGAGAAGGGAAUGGGGUCGGUUUCCCCAGGGUGGAGCCUUAGGUUAGUGCCAGGCACAGCACCAGGUGUCAGCUCCGCUCUCCCCGCCUUGUGCCGGGGUCAGGGGCUGCCAGCUCAAGGACCCGCCAUGGAGCACGCUGCUGGGGGGCGGAGGUGUGAGCUGAGGGCCCGGGGAGCACUACGCUGGGUCUGGGCCUGAUGUCAGCCUCCACGUCCUGGGGUCAGGAGCAGAGACGAGGACCUGUCUUGGUCCUUUUGGAAGACCAGAAGAUGUGGGGUGGUCAGAGUGUGGAGCGUGUGGUCAGCCAGGGGGCCAUCCCUAAACAUUUCUGUGACACCAUCUUAUCUCCUUCCCCCUGGAAUGUGCUGUGGGCCAGCUGAGUGUGUGCCCCAGGAGAGCAGAUAUGGCCUGAACCUGGUAGGCCAGAUUCUGGAGCCCUACUCUGAAUCCCAGGUGUCCCACAGUGGGACAGGUUGAAGCUGUUGGAGGGUCUCCCUUCUCGCGUGGCUCAUUCACACCCUACCUUGCCAGGGGGCCAGUGGCGGAGAGACAGGAGCAAAGCCUGUUGUCCCUCUGCUCCACCACCUUCAGAUGAAUGUAGCCGGAGAGGAGGGAGGAGAUAGAGGGAAAACCCUUGGCCCCUAGACCUUCUCUUUGCCAGGGUUGCUUCCCUGAGACUUCAACCUGACCUCCAGCAACCCUGAGAACGAUUACUUCAUCUUCUAGCAAUUCCUCUCCACUCCUUCAUGGCUGGGACAGUUAUGGUUCAUAUGCAAGUAAAGCUGACAAUUCAUUCAACAAA